GCGGCCCCAGCCCCACGCCCAGCCAGGCCAAGGGGUCCUGUCCAGGGCUUUCUCUGGCCACAGGACCGCCCCUACCCAGUCCCCGGGUCCCCAAACCCAAACCCCAUAGGCGCUACGCAGUUCCCCAGGAGAAAGGGAGGCGAGGAGUGCGCCCGAGGGCGGGGGCGCAGAGACAGCCCCAGCGGCUGCGCCGGCGAAACCCGCAGCUGAGCCGCCGCGUCCCCGCUGUGCGGAGGGGCGGGGGAGCGCGCACGGACACCCAGACCCCUGGAGAGACAUACGGACACACGCAGACGCACACAGCUAUAUUGGCAGCCGGACGGACCCUGUCAACACUCAUUGGUGUCUCUGUCUCUCUCUCUCUCUCUCUCUCUGUCUCUCUCUCUCUCUCUCUCUCUCUCUCUGUCUCUCUCUCUGUCUCUCUCUCUCUCUGUCUCUCUGUCUCUCUCUCUCUCUGUGUCUCUCUCUCUCUCUCUCUCUCUGUCUCUGUCUCUCUCUCUCUCUCUCUCUCUCUCUCUCUCUCUCUCUCUCUCUCUCUCUCUCUCUCUCUCUCUCUCCCUCUCCCCCUUUCUCUCUCCCCCUUUCUCUCUCUCCCUCUCUCCCUCUCUCCCUCUCCUCUCCCCCUCUCUCUCUCUCUCUCUCACACACACACAGAGAUGCGCACACGCACACACACCCACCUUCCCUCCCUCCCUCCUUCCUUCUGCGCCUGGAGCCCGCUCGCUCACUAGCUCUGUCCGGAUGAUGAUCUUCAGACUCAAAAGGAUAAAGCAAAAAUGGUUAACAGGGAAUUGAAAACCAAGAUCAGUGAAAAGGAGAAAGAGCAUCACACUUCUGAUGACUCCACCGAAGGGUCCCUGGACAUGUGCUGCAGUGAAUGGCUCUCUGGUCUCCCCCAACCCAUAGCAAUGGAGGCUAUCGAUGAGAAUGAGGGGCACCCAGACCAGCAGGGGGAAACAGCAUCACCCCCACAAUCCUCGGAGAAAGAAGCACAGCCUGCCCAGUGUCCCUGGGGACAACCUCUGACUGGGGGGGGCAGCAUGUGCUUGUUCGCCAUCUCUCAAUUCUUGCUUGCCUUGGGAGUGCUCUGGCUCAGUGGGUAUGGUACCAUCGCUCUACAGGGGGUCGUGGAUAUGAGCUCCUCCUUGCUCUCCCCAUUGGGACAAUUGUUCAUCGUUCCAGAGGUCUGUCUAAAAAUGGGAAACAUGGAAACAUCUGGAUUUCUGGUGGCCCUCCUGGCUUUUGGCCUGGUCCUUGCUAUGGUCUUGAUUUGGCAUCUCCUGGGAACUUCCCCAGAACUUCCCACGCCUCAGUCUGAAGACAGACGCCAGUCUGUGAGCCGCCAGCCAUCUUUCACCUACUCAGAGUGGAUGGAGGAAAAAAUGGAAGAUGACUUCUUGGAUCUGGACCCUGUCCCUGAGACACCUGUGUUUGACUGCUCAAUGGACAUCAAACCGGAGGCUGACCCCACCUCCUUGACAGUCAAAUCCAUGGGCCUCCAAGAGAGGAGAGGCUCAAAUGUGUCCCUGACCCUGGACAUGUGCACUCCAGGCUGCUCUGAAGAAGGUUUUGGCUACAUCAUGUCUCCACGUGAGGAAUCAGCCCGUGAGUACCUGCUCAGUGCCUCCCGGGUCCUCCGGGCUGAGGAGCUCCACGAGAAGGCGUUAGACCCAUUCCUUCUGCAGGCAGAGUUCUUCGAAAUACCCAUGAACUUUGUGGACCCUAAAGAGUAUGACAUUCCUGGUCUGGUGCGGAAGAAUCGCUACAAAACCAUUCUUCCAAACCCCCACAGCAGGGUAUGCCUGACCUCGCUGGACCAAGGUGACCCCCUGAGCUCCUAUAUCAACGCCAACUACAUAAGAGGCUAUGGAGGGGAGGAGAAGGUGUAUAUUGCCACUCAAGGACCUAUCGUCAACACCGUGAGUGACUUCUGGCAGAUGGUAUGGCAGGAGCACGCCCCCAUUAUUGUGAUGAUCACCAACAUCGAAGAGAUGAAUGAGAAAUGCACAGAAUACUGGCCAGAGGAGCAGGUCGUGUAUGAUGGGGUGGAGAUCAUCGUGAAGCAGGUCAUCCAGGCUGAUGAUUACCGACUUCGACUGAUCACUCUGAGGAGUGGGUCUGAGGAGCGUGGCCUGAAGCAUUACUGGUUCACUUCGUGGCCAGACCAGAAGACCCCUGAUCGGGCACCCCCGCUGCUGCAGCUGGUCCUGGAGGUGGAGGAAGCGGCUGGCUGGGAGGGGCAGAGCUUUGCUCCAAUCAUCGUUCACUGCAGUGCUGGGAUCGGGAGGACCGGAUGCUUCAUUGCCACCAGCAUCUGCUGCAAGCAGCUGCAACGAGAAGGUGUGGUGGACAUCCUGAAGACCACCUGUCAGCUCCGGCAAGACAGGGGCGGGAUGAUCCAGACGUGUGAGCAGUACCAGUUUGUACACCAUGUCAUGAGCCUGUAUGAGAAGCAGCUUUCUUCCCAAGCCAAGGAGUGACCGCUUCUCCGGCCGAAGAGCACAGCCCUGGCCUGAGACCUGCCGUGCCUGGGGCCAGGGCCCAGCCAGAGCCCAGGAACGUCGGAAGCUCCUCCCUUAGCUUUGUUUUGGUCACUGCUGCUUCAUCCGCUCUGCUCUGUCUGCCCCAGCCAUCAGAACCCCUUCCAACCGCAGCUUUCACCACUGUAAAUACCAGAAUGGGGGGACCUGGGGCCAGGUGGCCGGCCCAGCCCCCCCCUUCCCACCCCUGCUGAGCCCUGCCCCAGCUCUGGCUCACCCGGCAGCCCCCAGGCCCAUUUUUUAACUUGAUCCAAAUACUGUGUGUGCUGGGCUCCUUGUAUCCCACUGCAAUGUAUACUGUCUGUCCAUCUGUUUCUGAUGUUUCAACCGGACACUGUGUCUCCUCUGCCUGGGCUAAGAGCCCAUUCUGGGGAGCAGCUCAUUCUGGGGAGGGAGGGGGAGCCUUGGAACCCAGCUAAGGUAAGGAGUGAACUCAGGGGGAUCCCCCCCUAGUCUGGGAGAGAGGGGAUGGGGCCAGAUUCUGCCUCCUGGCCGGACCCUCUUCCUGCUCCACCUAACCCCCUCGCCCUCAGCUGACCCCCACCCCCAAUCUCCAAGCCUAGCCUCACCCUUCUCCUGCCUGCCCCCUUAGGCUUCCCUAACCUACCCCUAACCUGAGACAGUCCUUUUCCCCAAUUCAGUGUAACCAGCAUCCCCCUCUUCUCCCAUUCCCAGCCCUAGGCUUCCCCAUCCCCCAGAAUCCGCUGCACCCUCCUCACCCUCUUCCUUAGGCUCCCCAUCACUGCUCCCCAUCACUCCUCCCCACAGCUGCCCCUUCGGAAGAACAAUAAAAUUUUCAUUUGCCCCCCUCACCCUGAGAAGGGAUGCUUCCUCCAAGUCAGUGCCAUCUCCCUCCCGGAGGAGAGAAAAGAAUGGGGAGGAGGACAGGGUGGGGGCACCAGGACUCCCCGGGGCCAUGUGGCCCCAGUUUCAUGCAGAGCAUUUCCCUGUGUCACUGUGGGGCUGUUCUCCCCACUCUUGUAUCCGUGGGUUUGUUCCGUGUCCGUGAGUGUGUAGAGACCCAUCAGCAGGGUGUGCAUGAUCUUGGCAACCUGUGCUAUCCUGGAGCCCUGUGGUUUUAUCGCUGACUUUUAGUAUUUAAUCUAUGGCAGACAGAGGCGUCUUUUUCUAACUCCGCUCGUGGUCACUGAAUAGAGCAAUAAACACCGCAUUUGGAGCAAAA